AUGCAUCGUGCAAAGUGAAAAAAUGCGAAAAAUCAAAAAAAUAACGUGCAAACAGACGCAUUUUUCGCAGAAUUCGCAUUUUUUCGCGCAUUAUUUUUGCAUUUUCUGGUGUUUUUCGAGCCAAAAUGGACAGAAAUUGAAAGAAUUUGUCUGAAAUAGUCUUUUUAUUGAUAAUGGAGGAAAAAUCAGUGGUGAAUCAAGAAAAAAAAUGAUUUUGAAAAUUUAAAAUUUUUUCGACUUUUUCGACAUUUUUUCGACCAUCUAAAUUGUCUUGAUUCACCACUGAUUUUUCCUCCAUUAUCAAUAAAAAGACUAUUUCAGACAAAUUCUUUCAAUUUCUGUCCAUUUUGGGUCGAAAAACACCAGAAAAUGCAAAAAUAAUGCGCGAAAAAAUGCGAAUUCUGCGAAAAAAUGCGUCUGUUUGCACGAUAUUUUUUUGAUUUUUCGCAUUUUUUUCACUUUGCACGAUGCAUAAUUUCUAUUGCAAUUUGCGAAAAAUUUGGGUUUUCUUGAACUUUUCCAUGAAAAUUUCAGGAAAAUCCAAAUUUUCCACAAUUUGCUGGGAUGCGGAAGCUAUGCCCAAUUCUUCUCUGAAAAUUUGUGGUGAUUUUUAGCUGAAAAUUUCUGAUUUUCAGCGCAGAAUCCAGAAUUUUAGCCAAUUUCUAUUGCAAUUUGCGAAAAAUUUGAAUUUUCCUGAACUUUUUUAUGAAAAUUUCAUGAAAAUCCAAAUUUUCCGCAAUUUGCUGGGAUGCGGAAGCUAUGCCCAAUUCUUCUCUGAAAAUUUGUGGUGAUUUUUAGCUGAAAAUUUCUGAUUUUCAGCGCAGAAUCCAGAAUUUUAGCCAAUUUCUAUUGCAAUUUGCGAAAAAUUUGAAUUUUCCUGAACUUUUUUAUGAAAAUUUCAUGAAAAUCCAAAUUUUCCGCAAUUUGCUGGGAUGCGGAAGCUAUGCCCAAUUCUUCUCUGAAAAUUUGUGGUGAUUUUUAGCUGAAAAUUUGUGAUUUUCAGCUCAGAAUCCAGAAUUUUAGCCAAUUUCUAUUGCAAUUUGCGAAAAAUUUGAAUUUUCCUGGAGUUUUCUAUGAAAAUUCAAAUUUUCCGCAUUUUGCUGAGAUGCGGAAGCUAUGCCCAAUUUUUUCUUAUCCUUUUUCUCCGCGUCUCUUCAUUUCCCAUACUCUCUAACCUCCCUGAUUUUUCCAGAAUUCAUCUUCAAAAUGUGCCACCACUAAUUCCCACCGCCUCCAAAAUUCCGGCCGUAAUGAAAGAGAUGUUGGGCGGAUGCUGCGUUUGUGCAGACGAGAACGGCUGGACCGACAAUCCCCUCAUCUACUGCGAUGGUCCGAAUUGCGAAGUUGCUGUGCAUCAGGGUUGCUACGGAAUUCAGGUGGUGCCGGAGGGCGAGUGGCUGUGCGCAAAGUGCAGUGCGUCGUCGUCGACGACGCUUCCGCAAGUUUCCGCAGCCGCCGCGGCGCAAGGUGUUCCGCUGAAUGGAGGAAGCCCGUUGAAGAAGCGAUUUCGUUGCGAAUUGUGCCCGUCGACUUUUGGAGCGUUGAAGAGGACUGAUACUAAUGGUGAGUGGGGUUUUUGGGGUUUUCAAACGUUGCUCCGCGUUUACAUCUCGAAAAUUGGAGGAUAUUUCACAUUUUUGAAAUAGUUUUCGACCAAAAACCUUCGAAAUCUAGUUUUAAACGAUGCUCCGCGUUUACACCUCAAGAAUUGGAGGAUAUUUCAAAUUUUCAGAAUAGUUUUCGACCAAAAACCUUCAAAAUGCAGUUUUAAACGUUGCUCCGCGUUUACACCUCAAAAAUUCGAGAAUUUUUCACAUUUUCAAAACGAUUUUUGUCCAAAAACCUUCUUAAUCUAGUUUUAAACGAUGCUCCGCGUUUACACCUAGAAAAUUGGGGGAUAUUUCAAAUUUUCAAAUUUGGUUUUACAAAAAACCUUCGAAAUGCAGUUUCAAACGUUGCUCCGCGUUUACACCUCAAGAAUUCGAGAAUUUUUCAAAUUUUCAAAUUUGGUUUCGCGAAAAACCUCCGAAAUCUAGUUUCAAACGAUGCUCCGCGUUUACACCUAGAAAACUGGAGGAUAUUUCACAUUUUCAAAAUAGUUUUCGACCAAAAACCUUCAAAAUCUAGUUUUAUACGAUACUCCGCGUUUACACAUGCAAUUUUUGCGGGAAAAAUCGAAUUUUCAAGUGUUCUCCUAGCUAAGAACCUAUGUGUAAACGCGGAGCAUCGUAUAAUCAUUGAAAAAGCUGUUUUUUCGUUGUCAAACGAUGCUCCGCACUUACACGUCGAUUUUCAAAGUUCCUGGGGUGAAAAUCCACGUUUUUUCACAAUUUCCGGCCUAAAAAGCCCGAUUUCUAGGCUGGUCCCAUGUAAUAUGUGCCCUCUACAUUCCCGAAGUUCGUUUCGGCGAUGUUCACAGUAUGGAACCCGUUAUUCUGGCCGAUGUUCCCAACGAUCGAUACGAUAAAAUUUGCUACAUCUGUGAGAAUUCGGGCAAAAAUCAGGAUGCGAAAUUUGGCGCCUGUAUGUCGUGCAACAAAAUUGGCUGUAAAGUGAGUUUUUGAGCCCGAAUUUCGGCUGAAAAUUGUGAUUUUUCACCCUAAAUCUGAAAUUUUCCAGCGUGGAUUUCACGUAACUUGCGCACAACAGAAAGGACUUUUAUGCGAGGAGGGCGGAAUUGCGAAAAAUGUCAAAUAUUGUGGAUAUUGUGAGAAUCAUUUGAGGAAAGCGGUGAGUUUUUCAGAGAAUACUGUAAUUUAAAGGCGCAAGACAUUAAAAAUUCGAUUUUUUUGACAAAAAUUGGGUUCUGUGCCUUUGAAAAUAUCCUACAGUACUCCUAAGGUGGUUUUAAAGGCGCAAGACCUUAAAAAUUAAAUUUUUUGAGAAGAUUUGGGUUCUCUACCUUUAAGAAUAACCUACAGUAAUCCUAGGUCAUUUUUAAAGGCGCAAGACCUUAAAAAUUCGAUUUUUUGAAAAAAUUUGGGUUCUGUGCCUUUAAAAACAUCCUACAGUAAUCCUAGGAUGGUUUUAAAGGUGCAAGACCUUAAAAAUACGAUUUUUUGAGAAAUUUUGGUUUGUGUCCCUUUAAAAAUGACCUACAGUAACCCCGAGGCUCUGAAAACUACAGUAAUUUCAAAUUUAACAAGAGUAUGUUCCUUUAACACCACCCUACAGUAGUUUUUUUUUUUGAAGAAAGAUGUGUAUGUGCCUUUAAGGCCUCCUACAGUAAUCACAUUUCAAAGGCACAUGAGCUUUGGUCACUUACAGUAGCCCAACUUUUUUUAAAGGCACAAGCCUCUCCGCAGAAAACUACAGUACUCCCCCCUCCCCUCGCAAGAAAAAUACAUUUCGAAAACGCGAAAAAGAGGAAGUUUUCAUUUGUCUGCAUCUCUCGCCACUCUCUCCAUUCCGCACACUCUCUCACCUCUACAUAUAAUAAUGACAUUGAAAGAGCCGUGCGCUAUUCUUCUUCUUCUUCUCACAUGACAUUUACACACACACUGUCUAACCGUCUCGCACACUCUCCACAAUCUCCAUUCUCUCUCUCUCCACACUCUCUGUGUUGAUGAUGACCGGCGGAGAGGCGCGAGAGAGUGAGAGAGUGGCGAGACGGUUAGACAGAGACACACUUGAUGUCUCUGCACUCUCUCCUCGAUCGCCAUGCUAUCUCGCAUGCUUUUUCUCUACCCGUCUCUCGCAUCUCUACACUCUCUCGCCCUGUGUGCCUCGGUUGCGGGUUUCGUUUUACUACUACUACUAUGUACAACACGACUUUUUUUCUCCUUAGUGUGUUGCUUUUCGUCGCUGCUUUUUUUCUCUAAACUCUCUCCGCUCUCUAGUCUCUCACUUCGCCUUGUGUUUCGGUUGAAUACGAAUUUUUUGUGUGUGUGUGUGUGUCUCGUGUGUGGUUCACCUUAGUUUUUUUUUCGCAAUUUUUUGGUUGAGCCAGGAUUUUCUACAGUAAUCCUAGGGUUUCCACUUGAUUUUGUACAAAAUCUACAGUAUACCUUUUCGCGCGAAAAUCCUGUUUUUUAAGCAUGGUAGAUCAUGGUUUCCUACAGUAAUCUGUGACCUACUGUAGCUUCUGAAACAAGAAAUAUUGUAUUUUUGCUCCUCUUCCCUACAGUAAUCCUGGGAGCAUUUUGGCUCCAAAAAUCUGCCUUGUUUCAUUCCUGUAGAUCAAGAUUCUCGCGUAAUUUUUCUACAGUAACCCGAUAGUUUUUUUUGUCUACAGUACCUCUUCUGAUUUUCGCGAAAAAUUGAUUUUCGGUUCGAUUCGAUCACAUUUCCCUCCGAUUUUCCGAAAUUUCUUGCCUCCUCGCCACUUUCUGUAUGUUUCUCUACCACACUCUCUCGUUUUUCCAUACUCUCUCUUCACCCGCUUUCUUUUUUUUUGUGUGAAGGUGAAAAGGAAAGGGAAAAGCGGGAGAAAAAGAAGAAUCACAUAUAUUUUCAUUGUUGAAUUGAUUGAUGAAUCAUACAGGCAGGCUGUUUUUGUACGAUUUUUAGUGAUUUUGGGGUCCGGAAAGUUUAAAAAAUCGGAUUUUUCAUGAAUUUUUGAGUCUGGAAGCUGAAAUUAUGGUCUGAAACCUGGAAAUUCGGAUUUUUCAUGAAAUUCCGACUCUAGAAUCUGGAAUUUCUCUCUGAAACAGGAAAAUUCGGAUUUUUCAUGAAAUUUCGACUCCAGAAGCUGAAAUUUCCUCCCUGAAACCCAGAUUUUUUGAAAAUUUCUUGUUUUUUCACAUAGAAGCUAUGGAAUUCUAGAUUUUUGUGAUAUUUUGAAUCUGAAACCUUCGAAUUCGAUGAAAUAUUGUAUUUUUCAUGAAAUUUUGACUCUAGAAACUGAAAUUUUUGUCUGAAACCGAAAAUUUUGGAUUUUUUUAGUCCAGAAGCUGAAAUUCCGCAUUUUUCCACUCCGAAACCCAAAAAUUCGCGAUUUUUCAUGAAUUUUCGACUCUAGAAGCUGAAAUUUCUGUCUGAAACCGAAAAUUUUGGAUUUUUCAUCAUCCAGAAGCUGAAAUCCCGCACUUUCCCACUCUGAAACUCAAAAAUUCAAGCUCCUCGUCAUUUUCUACCCGCCCCCAACUAUACUCUAGUUUCCCCACCCUCCUCGAAACUAGACUCUAGUUUGACCCCCCCCCCCUCCUUUUUGGCACUUUUCCAAUAUCGAUUGAUUAUUCGUCUUCUCCUCUUUUCUAUGUUAUAUAUACAUAUAUAUAUAAUUCAAAAAAUUUCGGCGCGCCAAUUUUCUCUCUCUCUCGUCAGAAGAGACGCAGAGAAACAAACACAACACAAUUUCUUCUUUGUUUCUCUGCGUCUCUCUCUCUCUCUCUCGUAUGUAAAUAGAAAGUAGAGGGGAAGAAGAAGAAGAAGAACACUAUUAUAUUCCCUUUUUCAUUUUUUUUCUGUUGGAAUGUUGCCAGAUGGUUUUUUCUUUGGUUGUCUGCGUCUCUUCUGGAUUAUUGUACUCUCUCUCUAGUUUUGAAUUUUCAAAUUUUUUUGAUCUCCCCGCGAAAAAUUUGGAUUUCUAAGUUUAUUUUCCUUUUUUUUCAACGUCUCGCCUGAAAAAUUGGGCAUUUUAUCGCUGAAAAUUUGAAUUUUGCAUUUUUCUGGCAAUUUUGCAAUGGAGCGCAUUUUAUUGUGAUUUUUCAAGAUUCUCAUUGGAGUGCAUUUGUUCGGAAUUAUGCAAGUUUCCCGCCAAGAUUGUGCGAUAGAGCGCAUUUGCUCAUUUUCUCUUGAAAAUUUGAAUUUCCUCUUUUCCCGCCUUGUGUUCAAUAGAGCGCAUUUGCUCUUUUCUUUCUUGAAAAAUUCGAAUUUCCCCUUUUCCCGCCUUGUUUUCAAUAGAGCGCAUUUGCACUUUUCUCUUAAAAAUUUGAAUUUCCUCCUUUCCCGCCUUGUUUUCAAUAGAACGCAGAUUCCCUCUGAAAAUUUGAAUUUCAAAUUAUACCACCUCAUUAUCAAAAGAGCGCACUUGCCAUUUUCUCUCAAAAAUUUGAAUUUCCUCUUUUUUCCAGGCCUUGUUAUCAAUCGAGCGCAUUUGCACUUUUCUUUCUUAAAAAUUUGAAUUUCCUCCCUUCCCGCCUUGUUAUCAAUAGAGCGCACUUGCUCAUUUUCUCUCAAAAAAUUUGAUUUUCCUUUUUUCCCGCCCUGUUAUCAAUCGAGCGCAAAUUCUCUCUAAAAAUUUGAAUUUCAAUUUAUACCACCUUGUUAUCAAUAGAGCGCACUUUGCUCAUUUUCUCUCAAAAAAUUUGAAUUUCCUUUUUUUCCCGCCCUGUUAUUAAUAGAGCGCACAUGCUCAUUUUCCCACUUCAACUCAAUUUUUCAUUCCAGCAAAACGAUCCGCUAAUAAAAGUGAUACCAGCGUGUCCGGUGACACGUGGCCACCCAUCUACAGUAGUCACGCCAUCAUCACAAACUGCAAAUUCGCAUAUGCUUGUCGAAAGUGGACUUGUGCGAACUCCAAUAAUUGCACCCUCGAAUUCUGGUGGCACCUCGUCGAUUUUCGGAGCAUCCACGAAUUUCUCACCGCCAUUAACAACUUCGAGCCGAUCAUCGGUGGCGUUGGAUAUUACACCGCCUUUGAAUAAUAUGACGCAUUUAUUGAAUGGAAAUGGAAAUGGAACAGCAAAUGGGGUUGAGCAAUCGGUUGGAGCACAUUUGCAACAAAUUCAGCAAGGUGAGGGUGAUUUUUGAGCCAGAAAUCAAGAAAAUUGGAUGAUUUUGAGGCUGGAAACUUGAUUUUGAGCCAAAAAUAUUGAAAAUUUGAUGAUUUCGAGCCUAGAAACUUGAAUUUAGGCUGAAAAUUGGGCAUUUUGGAUGAUUUUGAGCUAGAAAUCAUGAAAUUUGGAUGAUUUUGAGCCUAGAAACUUGAAUUUAGGCUGAAAAUUGAGAAAUUUGAUGGAUUUUGAGCCUAGAAACCUGGUUUUGAGCAAAAAUUGAGCAUUUUGGAUGAUUUUUGAGCCAGAAAUCUUGAAAAUUUGAUGAUUUUCAGUCGCGAAACUUGAAUUUUGGCUGAAAAUUGAGAAAUUUCAUGGAUUUUGAGCUCAGAAACCUGGUUUUGAACCAGAAAUCAAGAAAUUUGGAUCAUUUUGUGCUCAGAAACCUGGUUUUGAGCAAAAAUUGAGCAUUUUGAAUGAUUUUGAGCCCAGAAACCUGGUUUCGAGCCAGAAAUCAUGAAAUUUGGAUUAUUUUGAGCCUAGAAUCUUGAAUUUAGGCUGAAAAUUGAGAAAUUUCAUGGAUUUUGAGCCCAGAAACCUGGUUUUGAGCAAAAAUUGAGCCUUAAUUCAAUUUUUUGGGCUCUAGAAACUACAGUCAGCUCAAAAUUUUUGAAAAAUUAUCAGAAAAACUGGAAUUUCACCCAAAAAUUCCCAAAAUUUUCAGCCCAAAAUGCAGCCGCUGCAGCUGCACAACUUGCUGCAAUUUCCCAAUCGACUUCGGAAAAUUUGAACGGAAAUUCGAUUUAUAGCAACAACAGUCAGCAUUUGAAUUCCUAUUUUUCGGUGAGUUUUUUCGAAAUUUUGACCUGAAAUUGGCUGAAAAUCAUGAUUUUUAACCCAAAAUCAAAGCAAUUUUCGCAGAACGAAUUGGCCAGCCGAAUUCCCGCCAAUUUCCUGCCAAACGGCGAUUUUCACCUCAAUGGAACCAAUGAUUUGGAGGAAAAGACUGUGAAAGCUGUUUUGACUGCACCAUUGGCUAAAGGUAACUAGUUUUCGGGAAAAUUUUUGAAAAUUUCAUGAAAAAUGCUCAAUUUUGAGCCGAAAAUCGUUGAAAAUGAUGAAUUUUGAGCCCGAAUAUGACAUGUUAGAGACGCAGAGAGGCUAGACAGCUAGAGAAUAUGGAGAGACGCAGAGAGGCUAGACAGAUAGAGAAUAUGGAUAUGUUAGAGAGGCUAGACAGCUAGAGGAUAUGGAGAGACACAGAGAGACUAGACAGAUAGAGCAUAUGGAGAGAUGCAGAGAGGCUAGACAGCUAGAGAAUAUGUAGAGACGCAGAGAGGCUAGACAGCUAGGGAAUAUGGAUGUGUUAGAGACGCAGAGACUCUAGACAGCUAGAGAAUAUGGAGAGACGCAGAGAGGCUAGAGAACUAGAGAAUAUGGAUAUGUUAGAGAGGCUAGACAGCUAGAGAAUAUGGAGAGAUGCAGAGAGGCUAGACAGCUAGAGAAUAUGGAGAGAGGCUAGACAGCUAGAGAAUAUGGAUAUGUUAGAGACGCAGAGAGUGCAGACAGCUAGAGAAUAUGAAUAUGUUAGAGAGGCUAGACAGCUAGGGAAUAUGGAUAUGCUAGAGACGCAGAGAGGCUAGACAGCUAGAGAAUAUGGAGAGACGCAGAAAGGAUAGACAACUAAAGAAUAUGAGAAUGUUAGAGACGCAGAGAGGCUAGACAGCUAGAGAAUAUGGAUAUGUUAGAGACGCAGAGAGGCUAGACAGCUAGAGAAUGUGUUAGAGACGCAGAGAGGCUAGACAGCUAGAGAAUAUGGAUAUGUUAGAGAGGCAGAGAGGCUAGACAGCUAGAGAAUAUGUUAGAGACGCAGAGAGGCUAGACAGCUAGGGAAUAUGGAUAUGCUAGAGACGCAGAGAGGCUAGACAGCUAGAGAAUAUUGAGAGAGGCUAGACAACCAGAGAAUAUGAAUAUGGUAGAGACUCAGAGAGGCUAGACAGCUAGAGAAUAUGGAGAGACGCAGAGAGGCUAGACAUCUAGAGAAUAUGGAGAGACGCAGAGAGGCUAGACAGCUAGAGAAUAUGGAGAGACGCAGAGAGGCUAGACAGCUAGAGAAUAUGGAGAGACGCAGAGAGGCUAGACAGCUAGAGAAUAUGUUAGAGACGCAGAGAGGCUAGACAGCUAGAGAAUAUGGAUAUGUUAGAGACGCAGAGAGGCUAGACAGCUAGAGAAUGUGUUAGAGACGCAGAGAGGCUAGACAGCUAGAGAAUAUGGAUAUGUUAGAGAGGCAGAGAGGCUAGACAGCUAGAGAAUAUGUUAGAGACGCAGAGAGGCUAGACAGCUAGGGAAUAUGGAUAUGCUAGAGACGCAGAGAGGCUAGACAGCUAGAGAAUAUUGAGAGAGGCUAGACAACCAGAGAAUAUGAAUAUGGUAGAGACUCAGAGAGGCUAGACAGCUAGAGAAUAUGGAGAGACGCAGAGAGGCUAGACAUCUAGAGAAUAUGGAGAGACGCAGAGAGGCUAGACAGCUAGAGAAUAUGGAGAGACGCAGAGAGGCUAGACAGCUAGAGAAUAUGGAGAGACGCAGAGAGGCUAGACAGCUAGAGAAUAUGUUAGAGACGCAGAGAGGCUAGACAGCUAGAGAAUAUGAAUAAAAAAAAUUUUUACAGCCAAAAGAAACCGACCGGAUAUGCUGGAAAAAACGUCAACAAAACGUGCCCGCCUCAACGCGGCAGCUCGCGCAGCAGCCGCUUCCGCUUCCGCAUCUUCCGCCGCCAACCCGUCCGCAACCUCGCCGCAAAUCGUCGGCAAAUCCGCCUCAAUGCAACGACUCAUCAGCCUGGUGGCGCCAGUUGUCAGCGAAACUGUCAGCGAUUUUCAACGUGAUCGGAUAGCGGAUCGAACCGCUGCGGAAAGAAGAGCCGCCGCAGCAAUGUCAGCGCCGUCGACGUCGGCGGCAGCUGCGGAAAUUGUUGCGACCGCGACGAAUGGCAUUUCUUCCGCAACCUCUUCCGCGACGCCUUCCGCGAGCGUAACGAAAUCGCAUCCGACGCUUCCCUCGUCUAUGGAACAACUAUUGGAGCGACAAUGGGAACAGGGUUCGCAACUUCUGAUGUCACAGGCACAUUUUGACGUGGCACAACUUCUAACCUGCCUUCAUCAACUCAAAACUGAAAAUGUUCGACUGGAAGAGCAAUUUGGACAACUCACCAAACGACUGGGACAUUUGUCGGCGCUCAACUCGAGGCUUGCACAACCCCUCGGCCCAUUGGGAAGCCCGGAAGUGGCCCAGGCCCAGGCCCAGGCCCCACCGGCCCCGCCACAAUUGUCUCGACCAAUAGCCACUCAUCCGCCCGUCGCCACACCGCAACCCAAUUCGCUUGCGGCGCAACGUGCGACGCCUGCGGCCGCCGCCACGGUUCCCGCGACGAAUUUGGUGGAAUUUGCGGCGAAUUUGUCGCCCGAACGACUUGCGCAAUUGAAUGCCAGCGCCACUGCGAUUAAUAGUAUGUAUAGGAAUUCGAUUAUUGUGAGUUUUGGGGGGAUUUGGGCUGAAAAUCUGGAAUUUCUGGCUGAAAAAUUGAGAUUUUUGCGAAAUUUUGAGCUAGAAAACGUGAAAAUUCAAGUUUUUCUGAAAUUUUCAGGUUUUUGGAAUGAAAAUCUGGAAUUUCUGGCUGAAAAUUUGAGAUUUUUGCGAAAUUUUGAGCUAGAAAACAUGAAAAUUCAAGUUUUUCUGAAAUUUUUGAAAUUUGGACUGAAAAUCUGGAAUUUCUAGCUGAAAAUUUGAGAUUUUUGCGAAAUUUUGAGCUAGAAAACAUGAAAAAUUCUGGAAAUUCAAGAAAUUUUCAGGUUUUUGGACUGAAAACUUGAUUUUUGGCUGAAAAUCUAGAGUUUCUAGCUGAAAAUUUGAGAGUUUCUGAUAAUUUUAAGCUAAGAAACAUCUAAAAUGGCUGAAAUCUUGAUUUUUUCUGAAAUUUUGAUAUUCGGGCUGAAAAUCUGAGAUUUUAAAGUUUUUAACCCAAAAUUGUGAUUAUCUGCAAAUUUUGAGCUAGAAAACAUGAAAAAUGCUGAAAUACCAAGUUUUUCUGAAAUUUUCAGGUUUUUGGACUGAAAACUUGAUUUUUGGCUGAAAAUCUAAAGGUUUCUUGCUGAAAAUUCAAGUUUUUCUGAUAAUUUCAAGCUAACAAACAUCUAAAAUGGCUGAAAUCUUGAUUUUUUCUGAAAUUUUGAAUUUCGAGCUGAAAAUCUGAAAUUACAAAGUUUUUAACCCAAAAAUUGUGAUUAUCUGCAAAUUUUGAGCUAGAAAACAUGAAAAAUGCUGAAAUAUCAAGUUUUAUUGAAAUUUUUGGAUUUCGGGCUGAAAAAUUCAAGUUUUUCUGAUAAUUUUGAGCUGGAAAUUGUGAAAAAUGGCUGAAAAUUCAAGUUUUUCUAAAAUUUUCAGGUUUUUGGACUGAAAAAUUUGAUUUCUAGCUGAAAAUUUGAGAUUUUUGGGAAAUUUUGAGCUAGAAAUCGUGAAAAAUUGUGAAAAUUUGAGAUUUUCUGAAAUUUUCAGGUUUUUGGACUGAAAAAUUUGAUUUCUAGCUGAAAAUUUGAGAUUUUUGGGAAAUUUUGAGCUAGAAAUCGUGAAAAAUUGUGAAAAUUUGAGAUUUUCUGAAAUUUUCAGGUUUUUGGACUGAAAAAUUUUAGAUUUUUGGCUGAAAUUCUCGAGUUUCUAGCUGGAAAUUUUGAGCUAACAAACAUCUAAAAUGACUGAAACCCUGAUUUUUUCUGAAAUUUUGAAUUUCGGGCUGAAAAUCGGGGAAUUUCUAGCUGAAAAUUUGAGAUUUUUGCGAAAUUUUUAGCUAGAAAACAUGAAAAAUUGUGAAAAUUUGAGAUUUUCUGAAAUUUUCAGGUUUUUGGACUGAAAAGCUUGAUUUUUGGCUGAAAAUCUCGAGUUUCUAGCUGAAAAUUUGAGAUUUCAAAGUUUUAAACCCAAAAAUUGUGAUUUUUGCGAAAUUUUAAGCUGGAAAUCGUGAAAAUUGCUGAAAAUUCAAGUUUUUGGACUGAAAAUCUAGAGUUUCUAGCUGAAAAUUCAAAUUUUUCUGAUAAUUUUAAGCUAACAAACAUCUAAAAUGACUGAAACCCUGAUUUUUUCUGAAUUUUUGGCACAAUUUGUUGUCUACAGUAUCCAAAUCCAUGGAAUUCCCUCUAAUUUCUCUCAGAAUUUCCAGGAUCCCGCAAUUUUGACGCAAUUGGUGAUGAAUCAAAAUUAUUUGCAAAAUCAACAGUCUGUGCAAAAUUCGGCGGCUCAACAAUUGUCGAAUUCUCAACUAUUCUCGCGAAUUUUGCAACAACAAGGCAAUGGACAAUUUGCAGCUCUGGUCAACAGUUCGCAGAGUUCCGCGUCUCAAAAUCCGCCACCUUCCGCGACGCCUUCCGCAGCCAAAUAG